GAUUAAUCGAACGAUUAUCGGGGAUCACUAGUGCCGAGUAUCGAGCCGAUUAACGAAACAAAACAAAUGAGAUUCGUCUGAUUUUUUUGGUAGAGGAAAAUGUGAGUGCUGAUACAGGACACAUUAAAUCUUCCAUUAUUACCAAUAGAGUAAUAAUCGUAAUAAAAUCGUGAUUAUUACAUAAUUCUACGAGUGGACCAUGUCCCAGCACUAUAACCGCUUCCUGAAGCUACUCGAACGUUGGCCGUUGGAUCAGAGCAAGGUAGGACGGGAUCUCGGACAGUAUCUGCGUGAUCAGUUGAAAGCCGUUCUGGGUGGUUCGAACAUUAUCGCCGUGAAUGACGAUCGGCUCGCACAGCAGCACCGUUCGCUGGAGAAUAUCGUUAACGACGUGCAUCUCAAGGCGUACCCACGAUCGCUCAAUUCAACCGCUACUGGGCUGACAGGAGAGCAGUGCCGGGAGGUGGUGUCCUCUAAGUUUCUGGAGUGUUUGAAUAAAAGCGACUCCGUGAAGUAG